AUGGCGGACAUCCAGCACAAGCGCGUGGCGAUGAAGCUCAAGCAGGCGUGCGAGGAGACCGCGGCGCAGGCCAUCGCGGCCACCACCGCCAGUGGCCAGGCGAGUCGCAUCCACGGCAAGAACCGCAAGUUCGGCAGCCGCAAAGAGGCCAUGGCAGCCAAGGCAAGACCCAGUCGAACAAUUGCAGCAGCGAAGGCCAAGCGGGAAGCCAAAGAAGCUGCGGAGAAGUAA